AAAAGAGGAAGAGGAUUCAGUAUUACGGCUCAGUCGAAUCGUAGACAAGCAAAAAUAUUUCAAAGAAUAUUAAAUUUGAAGAACAUUGAAGAGUAAGAUUGGUGGUAAUAAGAAUCAAAAAACAAAACAAGAUUGUAAAAAUGUCGAUUUAUAUUGCUGGCGUUCGAGCAUCAAAGCAUGCAUCAAGAAUCCGAACAUUUAACAUCAUCAAGAACAAAUAUGCAACAGAUGCUGAAUACAAGCCAAUACGCUCAGUUCUUGUCGCUAAUCGCUGCGAGAUUGCAAUUCGUGUAUUUCGAGCAUGUAAUGAGAUGGGUAUAAGAUCUGUCGCUAUAUACUCUGAACAAGAUACGAUGCAAAUGUAUAGACAAAAGGCUGAUGAAUCAUAUUUAGUAGGCAAAGGCUUGUCACCAGUUGAAGCCUACCUUAACAUUCCCGAGAUUAUUCAAGUUUGUAAAGAGAAUAAUAUUGAUGCUGUACAUCCUGGCUAUGGAUUUCUUAGCGAACGAUCUGAUUUCGCACAAGCAGUCAUCGAUGCUGGAAUUAGAUUUAUUGGACCGUCACCAAAGGUUGUACAGCAAAUGGGUGACAAAGUUGCAGCUCGUCAAGCAGCUAUUGCAGCUCAAGUUCCAAUUGUUCCUGGAACCGACGGUCCGGUUCAUACCAAAGAAGAAGCAUUACAGUUUUGUCAGCAGUAUGGUCUUCCAGUGAUUUUCAAGGCAGCUUAUGGCGGGGGUGGAAGAGGUAUGAGGGUAGUCAAAAGAAUGAGAGAUGUUACUGAAUCAUUUGAGAGAGCAAGUUCUGAAGCGAAAGCUGCUUUUGGGAAUGGCGCAAUGUUUAUUGAGAAAUUUAUUGAACGUCCUAGGCACAUUGAAGUUCAAUUGCUUGGUGAUAAAGCAGGUAAUGUUGUGCAUUUAUAUGAACGUGACUGUUCUGUCCAACGAAGACAUCAAAAAGUUGUGGAAAUUGCACCAGCACCAAGAUUGGAUCCGGAAACACGAGACAAAAUGACAGAGUAUGCAGUUAAACUUGCAAGACAUGUUGGAUAUGAAAGUGCAGGUACAGUUGAAUUCUUGUGCGACGAAAAUGGUGAUUUCUUUUUCAUCGAAGUCAAUCCACGUCUUCAACUUGAACAUACAGUAACAGAAGAAGUCACUCGUGUUGAUUUGGUUCAAUCGCAGAUUCGUAUUGCUGAGGGAAUGACUUUACCUCAAAUGGGAUUAACACAAGAUAAGAUUUCAACUCAAGGAUUUGCCAUUCAAUGUUGUGUGACUUCAGAAGACCCAGCAAAUGAUUUUCAACCUGAUUUCGGACGUAUAGAAGUUUUCAGAAGUGCUGAGGGUAUGGGUAUUCGUCUAGACUCUGCUUCUGCAUAUGAUGGUGCUGUCAUAUCUCCACAUUAUGAUUCAUUGUUGGUUAAAGUCAUAGCACAUGCUGCUGAUCUACAAUCAGCCGCAUCCAAAAUGGCAAGAGCUUUGAAGGAAUUUAAAAUACUUGGCGUCAAAACAAACAUUCCACUCCUUACAAAUGUGUUGGAAAAUCCUAGAUUCCUUAACGGUGUCCUUGACACUUACUUUAUUGAUGAAAAUCCUCAACUAUUUAACCUUCAAAAAUCAUUAAAUCACGAUGGAAAAUUACUCAAUUAUCUUGGUCAAGUUUUAGUCAAUGGAACUCAAACGCCAUUAGCUACAAAACUUAAGCCAGCUAAUAUCCAUGCUGACGUUCCAACAACUCCUUCAGGUCAAGUUCCACCUGGUUUGAGAGAUAUUUUGAAAGCUGAAGGUCCAGCUGGAUUUGCCAAAGCAGUUCGCGAACAAAAAAAUCUUUUGUUGACGGAUACAACAUUUCUUGAUGCUCAUCAGUCACUUUUGGCAACACGAGUUCGGACUCAAGAUUUAUUAAAAAUCUCGCCCUUUGUUGCUCACAAGUUUAAUAACCUCUUUGCAAUUGAGAAUUGGGGAGGCGCAAUGUUUGAUGUCAGUUUGAGAUUCCUACAUGAAUGUCCAUGGGAAAGAUUAGAAGAAAUGAGAAAACGCAUUCCAAAUAUCCCAUUUCAAGCAUUAUUUAGAGGAGCUAAUGUAGUUGGUUACAACUGUUAUCCAGACAAUGUCGUCUAUAAGUUUUGUGAGCUAUCAGUUCAAUGUGGAAUUGAUGUUUUCCGAGUUUUAGACAGUUUAAAUUACUUACCAAACAUGAUUCUUGGCAUUGAUGCUGCAGGAAAAGCCGGUGCAGUUGUUGAAGCUGCAAUUUCAUACACAGGAGAUAUUACUGAUCCAAGCAAAACGAAAUACAAUUUGAAGUAUUAUGUUGACUUAGCUGAUCAAUUGAUUAAAGCAGGAACACAUGUUUUAUGUCUGUAUGAUAUGGCUGGUUUAUUGAAACCACAAGCUGCUGCAAUUCUUAUUGAUGCCAUUCGUCAGAAACAUCCGGAUGUUCCAAUUCAUGUUCAUACACAUGAUACAAGUGGUGUUGGAGUCGCUAGCAUGCUUGAAUGUGCACGAGCUGGUGCUGAUAUUGUCGAUGUUGCUGUAGAUUCAAUGAGUGGAAUGACUUCACAACCAAGUAUGGGAGCAAUUGUUGCUUCACUUCAAGGAACUGCACUUGAUACUGGAUUCAAAUUGGAUGACAUCUCUGAUUAUUCAGAAUAUUGGGAAAUUACAAGAACACUCUAUGCACCAUUUGAAUGUACAACGACUAUGAAAUCUGGAACUACUGAUGUUUAUAAGAAUGAAAUUCCUGGUGGACAGUAUACUAACCUACAAUUUCAAGCAUUCUCACUUGGUCUCGGUAACUCCUUUAAACAUAUUAAAAAGGCAUAUCGUGAGGCUAACUUACUUCUUGGAGACAUUGUUAAAAUCACGCCAAGUUCAAAAGUCGUUGGUGAUUUAGCACAAUUUAUGGUCCAAAAUCAUCUCACAGCCCAACAAGUCGAAGAACGUGCAGAAGAAUUGUCAUUCCCUAAAUCAGUUGUUGAGUUCCUUCAAGGUGAGCUUGGACAUCCACAUGGUGGAUUUAAAGAACCAUUUACAUCUCGUGUUUUGAAAGACAUGCCAAGAAUUAAAAAUCGACCAGGUGAAAGACUUCCUCCAUUAAAUUUUGAUGCAUUAAAGAAUGAAGUUCUUGAAUUACAUCCAUAUGCUACUGAUCGUGAUGUUAUGUCAGCUGCUUUAUUCCCGGAAGUUACAAAUGAUUUUCUCACAUUCCGUCAGAACUAUGGACCAGUUGAUAAGCUCGAAACCAGAAUUUUCUUUACUGGGCCGGAAAUUGAUGAAGAAUUUGAAGUAAAGAUUGACAAAGGAAAGACUAUUCACAUCAAAACACUAGCUGUAACUGAAAACCGAAAUGCUAAUGGCAAAAAGAAGGUUUUCUUUAAACUUAAUGGACAAAUGAGAUCAUUUUUGAUUCGUGAUGAGAAAGCUGCAAAGGAAUUGCACCUUCAUCCAAAGGCAGUCAAAGGAAAUAAGAAUGAAUUAGGCGCUCCAAUGCCAGGAUUUGUCGUUGACGUUCGUGUUAAUGUUGGUGAUCACGUGGAGAAGGGACAACCUCUUGUUGUAAUAUCAGCAAUGAAAAUGGAAACGGUUGUUCAAUCUCCACGAGCUGGUAUAAUAAAAGAUCUAAGCAUCAAGAAAGGAAUGAAAUUGGAAGGAGAAGACUUGAUUCUUACUUUUGAAUAACUUAAUUAACCUUAUUUUACUAAAAUUCUUUUUAUCUUAUACUUUAAGCUAGUUAUAUUUUUAAGCAAUAAUGAAAUAUCUAAGUUAAGUAUCAUUGUGACAUACUGAUUAUUUUCUUGAUUUUAAAAAUGCAAACAUUUCUAAUAUAACAAGUUAUACAACUAAUAUGAACACAUUUUUAAGCAAAUUCAAAAUUUAAUUUAUAGCAAUCUGACCUGAACAGUGUGGUUGUAAAUUAAAUAUAGUAAGUGUUGUAAUCUUGGUGUGAAUAACAUAUUCAAUGUAAAAUGUCUAAGAUAUAGCUUAAUAUAUUCUUGUGAAAUUAAAUUUGCUCAUAAAUGCAGGUAAAGAUUAAGCAAAGUUUUAAAGAAACAUUAAGCAUCUAUUGAAAUUUGAGCAAUUCCCCACUUUAAUAUACGUAUUUCUCUAAAUGUUCAAUGAAUUCAAUUUAAACUUACCCAUAAAACUCUCAAAGCUUUUUUUUUUUCACUUCAAUGCGAAUAUUAGAAAAUUUCAAAGGCAACUUUGACAAAGUUUUUUUUUAAAUUGAGUUUUCAUUUGAAAUUUGCUUAUGAGAGUUGCUAGAGAUUAUCUUCAAAAUUUCUAUAAAACGUUUAAUUUCCUUUGUCUAUAGUGAAAAAUGCAUUCUUGACAAAGGUACUCAGGGAUUUACUGCCGCAUUCUUAAUAUUUCCAAACUAUGAUCUUCAAUUCAAACCGUUUUUUUCUAUUCACAUUACCAAUUAGAGUUGAACAUCAAAAACAAAGUUAUCAACUUGUUCAACCUUACCCUGUUUUUUCGUUAUAAGCUACUACUUGUUACUAAGCUACUAGCUUAGUAAAGUUUUUUGAACUUGAAAUUUUUUUGUAAUCUUUACUAAGCUACUACCAAAAAUAAAGUAUAAUUAAUCUUUUUCAACUUUCUAAGUAUCAGUUUCAAUGCCUUAUGACAUUGUCAAUGAAAUAAAAUCGAGAAGAUAGCAAAAUUUCUUUAAAUAAGUUAAAAAAUUUAAAAUUUUCAUUGAAGUUCAAUUUCUUUACUAAGCUACUAGUGAGCCAAAAAAAUCACUUUAUUAUUCUUCUAAGCUACUAGCUUAUAACGAAAAAACAGGGUAAUCAGCAUUGGAAGUUAUUGCUUAAAUUGGCAUAAAUAAGCUUAAAAAAAUAUAUAUAUAUUUUUAUAUAUAUAUAUAUAUAUUUAUCAUAAAUCCACGAUCACUUUUAAUAAUUCAAACAUAAAAACUUAAUGAAG